AUCAAGCUGGGAAAAAUAAACAAACAUUGCUUGAUAAUUUGCUGUCAAUUGUCACGAAAUAAGAAAUCAAAACAAUUUACUACAGAGGGAAUCCAUAAUAACGUUACUGUUUCUGAUUCACUAUAUUUGAAAAAGUAAUAUGAGUACAAAAAACUCAGCUCUCGCAUCCCUCACAGCAACGUAUACUGAUUCAGAAAAUGAGGAAAAAUCUGAUGAUGAAUCAAUUCAUUCCGAUGGAGAUAGUUCCUCCCAGACCAGAAUACAAUCACGUCAGCAAACCCCGAUGCGUGAAUCAUCAGAAGCGUCUGUAACUCCACCUGCUACGAAUGCUAACGUACCAAAACAAGCUGCCACAGUCGCAACUGCUACUGGCUCGAGUGAAUCUUCUACAUCACGACACAAGGCUCUUCGUUUGGUUAGUUACUUUGAUGAAACAUUCGUUUCAGACGAUGAAAAUGUUUCACCAAAUCGGGAGCAAGAAAAUAUGGAUGCAUCCGACAAUGAAGCUCCAAUGGCUGAAUCUACUUCACCGAAAAAGAUCGAUCGAGCUAAACUGUACGGCUUCAGCUUGCCGCCGGAAACGAAGGGAAAAUGUUCGCUGGAAUUGCAGGAAAAAAUAGCCACUUUGUACGAGAAAAUGCGUAACUCAAACAUGGACACAAACAAAAUUAUACAGGAGAGAAAGGAGUUUCGGAAUCCCAGUAUUUACGAAAAAUUGAUUCAGUUUUGUAAUAUCAAUGAGUUUGGUACCAACUAUUCGCCGGAAAUCUUCGAUCCGUCCCAGUGGGGCAAAGAAUCCUUUUACGAAGAGUUAGCAAAAGCGCAGAAAGUCGAAAUGGAAAAGGUAGAGAAGGCUCGCAAGGAAAAUGCCAAGACGGAAAUUCAGGUCGGAGUUAAAAAGAUGGAUUCGGAUGAAUCGAAGAAACGUAAAUCGAAAUGGGAUCAGCCGGGUGUGCUGGGAACAGCUCCUGGUGCGGCGGGUGCAUUGAAACCGGCAGGAAUCAUCACUCAAGCUUUGACAACAACUGCUACCGGUACGAAGGGAACCGUUAUUUCGGCAUUUGGAACGCUACCCAAGAAGCCAAAAGUGUAAAUCAAUUGAAAACGGCAAAUUUAUGAAUAAAAAAAAAUUG